CAGAGUGAGACACAGGAUAGAAUAAGAAAGUAAAAUACGCAUUUGAUUGGAAUUCAGAAGGACAGAAUGGGAGAAAACAAUAGUAGAAGAUAGUGUUCGAGAAUUUUCUAAAAUUGGUAGAAGACAAGAAUUCUUAGAUGCAGGAAGCACAAUAAACCACAAAAAAGAGAAAUAAAAUGAAAUCCACACCUAGACAUAGAGAAGCAAACUGCAAAACAACAAAGACGAUGAGAAGAUGGUAAAAGCAGACAGAGGAGAUGGGUCGCUCCUGAAGGGAUAACAACUAAAACUGGCAGCUGACGUCACAGCAGCAGCAACAGAAGCCCAAAGAGACAGUAAUUGUUAACCUAGAACUGUAGACCUGGUAACUAUCGUGCAAAGAUGGAAAUGACAUAAGGACAUCUUUAGGAAACCAAACUGGAGAGUGUUUAUCACCAAAAAGCAUUCACAAAGGAAUUUUUGAUGAUGUAUUCCAGAAAGAAGGAUAUUGAUUCCAGAAGGAAGAUCUGAGAUUCAAGAAGGAAUGGUCAUCUUCGGGCUCCUCGUGCACCAGGAAUCCCACCGCCGGAGCCGGAGCGGGACGGCGCGCGCACGGCGGCCCCGCGGCCGGCAGAGGGCGCUGCGGCUCCCCGGCAGGGCUGCAGGGCGCGGGGCUCGGGUCCCGGCGUGUGCGUCUCGGGGAGGCCGGGAGGUGGUGCGCGCCUCUCCGCCCCGCGCCGCCCUCCCGCGCGGGCCCGCUCGCCGCCCGGCCGCUGUCAACGCCGCCCGCACCUCGCCGGCGAGGCGCGCGGGGUGCGCGGGCUGCGCGGCGCUCUCCGAGGCCCGGUCUUCGCCGCCGCCCGCGCCACCGCUUCUCUUUGUCCGGGCGAGGCGGCCGGAGGGGCGGCCGCUGCGGCCGGGGGGCGCCUCGGCGUCCGGUCGGCGGGUCCGGCCGUCGCCACCGCGGCCGCCGCGCGCUCGGAGCGGAGGCGGCGGCCUGGGCGGUGCCGGCGCGAGGUGA